AUGAUUGAGCAUUGGAUCAACCAUCUGAGUGACGCAUUGGUGCCAAUCCCAGGACCCUAUAACCCUCUCAAGGGCAUAUUUGUGCCUAUUGCAUAUGCCGGCGCUCGAGAUUUGGCACUACACUCGUCGGCACCAGUCGCACUAUUCUAUCUGAUCUGUGCAUCAUCUGCCUUCCACCUGUCAGCCAAUAGCGCCGAUAACCGAAAAAGUGCUGAAUUUAUGACCCUAGCGUUAAGCCACCAUAACGAAGGCAUCCGUCACCUCCAGAACAGCCUAAAUCAAGAUGACCCCUCUCAGCGAGAGUCUGUUCUUGCCUCACUUCUUAUGUGUUUGAUGUAUGAACCGGCAACGGUCGAGCCGAGCUUCUGGAGGAACCAUUUACGAGGGGCAUCCCAAUGGCUUCGGAAGAUUGAUGGAAAAGCUUUAAUUCGCACAGAACCCGCCGCUAUUCUGUACCAAAUGUUCGCAGGUACUGCAAUCCUCCUACGCUCUCAAAUGAUAUCUUCCCAAGCUGCCCUGGAGGAUUGCAUCGGCUUUGACUCGGAGCUUUUCUCUGGACCGUAUCAUCUCCAUCGUGUUUUUGGACUCCCCAAGCAACUCCUCGAAGCUGUCAGCCGGAUUAUCGAAACGGCAGCCAGCCUUCGCCAGCAUCCAGAUGAAGCGUAUACUUUGCCCUCUGAUAUACUCGAUAAGCAAGAGUUUGAGCUAUAUCUUUCUGUACCAGAGUACCCCCGAACUCUUACACCACCGAUAGAAGUUGACCUGAUUUACCACCAUUCUUGGAUUUUCUACUUCGCCUCUAUCAUCUACUUCAAGCGCACGCUGAGAAAUACACCGGCAAACGAGGUACAGCUAUUGAUUGAGCAAGCUUUUGAUCAUAUUGAGGCCCUGGAGGCCUGUACAUCACGUCCGUCAUCACCACUGACGUGGCCGAUAGCGGUGAUAUUUUUUGAAGUCCAAAAGACCCAGCUGCGAAAGCGCGCAAUGGAUUGGAUAGAAUUUAUCAUCAAGUCAUCAACGCUAUCUAUCUGGCAGAGGGCAAAACCCCUCUUCCCAGCUUUCUGGGAUCGCCGGCAAGAAGCUGGCUGCGAGGAUAUGCACUGGGAUGUCUUUAUGGAUGACCCAUCUAUUCAAGGGAUUAUGAUGUUUUAA